GCCGCGGGCCGCCAGUGCGCAUGAGCAGCUGCCCAUGGAGCUGCCCGGGUCCGGAGGGGCCAGAACACGGUCGGGGGAGCGCAGGGGGUGAGGCCGCCUGGCAGGGACUUAGUACACAGGGCUGUGAGGCGCGUGAUACGAAGACUUCCUGAGAAGGACCAGUUCCUCGGAUGUGCCCCCUCACAGAGAGAUGAAGGGGCAGCAGAAAACAGCUGAAACGGAAGAGGGCACAGUGCAGAUUCAGGAAGGUGCAGUGGCAACUGGGGAGGAUCCAACCAGUGUGGCUAUUGCCAGCAUCCAGUCAGCUGCCACCUUCCCUGACCCCAACGUCAAGUACGUCUUCCGAACUGAGAAUGGGGGCCAGGUGAUGUACAGGGUGAUCCAGGUGUCUGAGGGGCAGCUGGAUGGCCAGACUGAAGGCACUGGAGCCAUCAGUGGUUACCCUGCCACCCAAUCCAUGACCCAGGCGGUGAUCCAGGGUGCGUUCACCAGUGACGAUGCAGUUGAUGCAGAAGGGACAGCUGCGGAGACGCAUUAUACGUAUUUCCCUAGCACUGCUGUGGGAGAUGGGGCAGGGGGCACCACGUCGGGAAGCACAGCUGCUGUUGUUACUACCCAGGGCUCAGAGGCACUACUGGGGCAGGCGACUCCUCCUGGCACUGGCCAGUUCUUUGUCAUGAUGUCACCCCAAGAAGUGUUGCAAGGAGGAAGCCAGCGCUCCAUUGCCCCCAGGACUCACCCUUAUUCCCCGAAAUCAGAAGCUCCCCGGACAACCCGAGACGAGAAGCGCAGGGCUCAGCAUAAUGAAGUGGAGCGCCGCCGUCGAGACAAGAUCAACAAUUGGAUUGUGCAACUGUCCAAGAUCAUCCCAGACUGCUCCAUGGAGAGUACCAAGUCUGGCCAGAGUAAAGGCGGGAUUCUGUCCAAAGCCUGUGAUUAUAUCCAGGAGCUUCGGCAGAGUAACCACCGGUUGUCUGAGGAGCUACAGGGGCUUGACCAGCUGCAGCUGGACAACGAUGUGCUUCGACAGCAGGUGGAAGAUCUCAAAAACAAGAACCUGCUGCUUCGAGCCCAGUUGCGGCACCAUGGAGUAGAGGUCGUCAUCAAGAAUGACAGCAACUAACCUUGGGGAUUCAGGGGCUUCCGGCCCUACCGCCCUUUCUGAGAACUUCGGAUAGCCCAGGAGCACCAGGCUAACCCCAUGCCCCUCUCCUUCACUGCCCACUUCUGGCACGGGACUCGGGGUGCAUUCAGAAAGUGUGUGUUUGAACUGAGGUCCUGUGAUGUAGCAGCGGGCCGUGGUGUGAAACACCCAUGUAGCUGUGCACUGAUGACAGCCGCGACCACCCCCACCAAGCAGUCCCUGGGCCCGUGUGCUCCUCUUGCAGUGCAUGUGCUGUCUCUACGCUGGAUACUGGACACUAAACUGGAGGGCUCAGCCUGGGCUUGCCUAGAGCUCCCGGCAGAGGGUCUACUGACAGGGAAGCCCUGGCUUGCUCCGGGAUGCCAGCCCUGCCGCUGGUUCUUCUUUCCGUGGAGCUGCUGCCCACAUUCGGACCUGGCCCUGCUGUGGAACGGGCUUUAGCAAGAAGUGGGAGAAGGGAUGCCGAGCCCAGGGCGAGGAGCCUGGUCAGCGAGCGGCUGGCUAAGGCCUAUGCAGAAGUCUCUGGAGCCAGGGAGAACAAGAAGCAGGGCCCACUUGGGGCCUUCCCCCGUGUGGGGGAGUUUUCGGGUUGUUUUUUUUUCCCCCUUUUUUUUUUUUUUUUAACAUAAAAUUGUUUCGAGUCAC